AGUCCACUGGCUCCAGUCCGGAUCUCUCUGCCGCCCGACCCGGGUACGAGUCCCAGCCGCUGGGGAGGAGGUGGCGGCGGCUGGCCCGGCUUCCCUCGGCCGCCUCCAGCCCGGGGUUGGCGCUCGGGGAGCAGCUGGGCAGCCCCCCGGAGCCCCUCGGAGGACAAUGCACCCUGCGCUCGGCAACCCGCGCUCGGUCUCGUGCUCGUCCGCAUCCUUCCCGCCGCCCCCCGCCGCCGCCCGGCUGCAGCCCCUCUUCCUCCGGGGGGGCUCCUCCCGCGGCCGGAGAGGUUCGGGCGACAGCAGCACCAGCACCAGCACCAGCAGGGGGGGAGGCGGCGGCAGACGCGGCGGGGGCGGCGGCGGCUCCCCGAGCAGCAGCACCGGCGCCGAGCGAGAGGACGACGACGAGAGCAUCAGCAUCAGCAAGCCGCUGGUACCAGCCGCCGCCGCCGCCGCCGGGCUCCCGGGACCCCCGGCUCCAGGGGGCGCCCCAGCCGCCGACCCCACGCCCGCCGCCUUCUCCUCCUCGACCACCACUCCUUCCUCUGCCUCCACGCCCACCUCCUCCUGCAGCAUGACCGCCGCCGACUUCGGCGGAGGCGCCGCGGCCGGGGCCGUCGGGGGGCCGGGGGGCCGCUCGGUGGGGGGCGCAGGCGGCACUGGGACCGGCAGCGGCGCCUCCUGCUGUUCGUGCUGCUGCUGCUGCAGCCGUCCGGGCCGCCCGGGCCGCAGGGGUCGGCGCCGCGGCUGCUCCCCCAGCCCGGGCUGCAGCUGGGGCUACCAGGCGCUGUCCGUGGUGCUGCUGCUAGCGCAGGGCGGCCUCCUGGACCUGUACCUCAUCGCCGUCACCGACCUAUACUGGUGCUCCUGGAUCGCCACCGACCUGGUGGUGGUGGUGGGCUGGGCCAUCUUCUUCGCCAAGAACAGCCGGGGCCGUCGGGGCGGCGCGGCGGGCGGCGCGCACAACCACCACCAGCACCACCACCACGCGGCGCCGCCUCUGCACCUGCCCGCCGCCUCCACCACCUCGGCUGGGCCCGGGGCGGGUGCCAAGGGGCGCGGCGGCCGCGGGGGCGCCGGUGGUCCCGGGGGCGGCCCGGGAGCGUCCGGGCCGGCAGGCGAGUUCGCCUUCGCCUACUUAGCCUGGCUCAUCUACUCCAUCGCCUUCACGCCCAAGGUGGUGCUCAUUCUGGGCACGUCCAUUCUGGACCUCAUCGAGCUGCGCGCGCCCUUCGGCACCACGGGCUUCCGCCUCACCAUGGCGCUGUCCGUGCCCCUACUCUACAGCCUGGUGCGGGCCAUCAGCGAGGCGGGUGCCCCCCCGGGCUCUGCCGGCCCUCUGCUCCUGCAGCCCCAGCAGCACCGCGCCGCCGGCUGCUUCCUGGGCACGUGUCUGGACCUGCUCGACAGCUUCACCCUGGUGGAGCUGAUGCUGGAGGGCCGCGUGCCGCUGCCCGCGCACCUGCGCUACCUGCUCAUCGCGGUCUACUUCCUCACUCUCGCCUCGCCGGUGCUCUGGCUCUAUGAGCUCAACGCCGCAGCCGCGGCGGCUUCAUCCUGGGGCCAGGCCUCGGGUCCCGGCAGCUGCAGCCGCCUCCUGCGCCUGCUGGGCGGCUGCCUGGUGGACGUGCCGCUGCUGGCGCUGCGCUGCCUCCUGGUGGUGAGCUACCAGCAGCCUCUCUCCAUCUUCAUGCUCAAGAACCUCUUCUUCCUCUGCUGUCGCGGCCUGGAGGCCCUGGAGGGCUGCUGGGACCGGGGGAGUCGGGCUUCCCCGAGCCGGGCCAGGGGGAGCUACGGCGCUCCGCCCUCCGCCCCGCCACCGCCGCCGCCAGCUCCUCAGGGAGGCUCCCAACUGGGCCACUGCAUCUCGGAGAACGAGGGGGGCCCCCAUGGUUAUGUCAACACCCUGGCUGUGGCCUCCCAAAAUUGAGGGUAUAGGGACAAGGGGCCUUGUUUUGGGGUUGAGAGUUGCCCCCAGCUCUUGCCUCCUCUGUACUUCUCUCACCCCGAUUUGGUCAGGCUCUGGAAGAGGUAACUGUCAAAUAGAGCUAAGGGCCAGUGUCUCCUGCUAUAUCCCUUGGGUCAAGAUUGCUUAGAGAAGACCAGCAGCUAAUGGUUAGGGAGGUAGGCCCACUUAUCCUAGUUGCCCUUCUCCAAAACCUAGCCUGAUCCUAACCCUCAAGGGGCUGGAUAUCUCGGCUGCUUGCUUUUCUCACCUCCACCCUAAUUCCCAUCCAUUGUGGCGAAGAAUGGAGGACAGGGCAUACCCGACAGUGGAUGCUGGGCCUUGGGUCUUGCCCCUUGCCUGAUAGUGCCAGCCUCUUCUAGACUGUGGUUAGUGGCCAUUGCACUGUUGCUCCGAUGUGUUGAUUGAAUUUCUUCCAGAUGGUAGAUGCAAUGUGUAUGUCUCUGUGUGUGUGUGUUCAUGUGUGUGUUGUGUUGUUUUCUUGGGUCCACCCUGUGGCCCCUUACAAUUGGUGGGAGGCCCUGCCCUCACUACAUGUACCACCAUCCUCUUUCCUACCUGAAUUUGUGGCCAUGAAUUCCCAGAAAGAGCUGGGCUCCUGGGAGCUGCCCAGUUGCUCUCCUCCAAGAAAGAAACUCACCCAGGCUCUUCCUUAAUCCUGCUCCUCUCUUCUCAGCUCAGAGGGAGGAGGGAGUCCAUACUCUAAGGACCAAACUGCACCCCUUCUUGGGUGAGUGAGCAUUUCUACCUCCGUGCUGUCAACCUUUGUUGCAUCAUGCACUGAUGCUGCUUGCAAAAAAAAAAAAACAAAAAACAAAAUAAAAGAUAACAAAACAAAAAACAUAAACUACUCAGAAGUUGCAUUCAACAUGGCCACUGGAUCCAGCUAGGGUUUGGUGCCAGUGAUAUUACAGGGUCUGUGGAGUAUCAGCCAUUGGCCUGCCCUCCCUUGGGCUCUCCCUCUGCACCCAGAACUCCUGUCCUUCCUGUGGUUUGGGGCAGACUGGGUCAGAUCUUGGCUCAGAACAGCAGCUAAGGUGGGGUUCCUAGAUGGAUAUGAAGUUGGCCCAAGGGGUCCCCUAAUAGUCCUUCUUCUAGGAAGCUUGGUGUAGAGCAGAAAGGGUUGUGGUGGUGACCGUUCUCCUCUGCUCUGGUUAGAGUCCUGCCCCGAUCUUCCUCUGUGGUGUUCCCUUGUUGAGGAUGGUGAUGAGACAUCCAGGAGGUGUUCACCUGUAGUCUUGAAAAGGACAUCCCUCUUGGAAUCUUUGGGGUAGGAUAAGUGUUUUUUUAGGGGAGGUAAGGGUGCAGACGGCCAGGAGGGAACAAGGCCAGGAAAUACUCACUUUCCUCUACCCCUCAAUAGGAAGAUGGGGUGAGGAAAUUUUCAGAAUUUAUGUUUCCCCUUCUCCCUUCUUAUGUUUGGGAAGUUUAGUUUUGUGUAAUAAACCCUGGACAAGCUACCAGAAGAUGUGAAUUUUGGUUCCCACUCCACUCUUACCCUCUGGGCCUCAGUUUCCUCUCCUUUCCAAACAAGGAGGUUGGAUGAGUGAUGGCGAAGGUACCGUCCAACUCUAACAUUCUUUAAGGUCAUGAGUCUUUAAAGCUCUGGUCCUAAUGCUCUGUGUCUAGGAGAGCUCUCUGUCUGGGGGCCAGCAUGGAUUUGUGGAGUCUCCCUGCUUCUGCCCAGGUGUGUCCGGAGCUCCCAGCUAGGAGAGCAGAGGGGAGGGCUCCUUGCCCCUGGCUGGGCUGGGAAUUGCAAAGCCUAUCAUAGCUGCACUGACAUAGCUGCACUGCACCCCAGGGAGGGGCCAAGAAGUGCCAAGCCACUCACCUGGGCCAAGAGACCCAUUUUGUUUUGGUCUGUCUGGUACCACUCUUUCCCCAACUUCUUUGGAGCCUACUGGCAGAAGAGGUCUCUGUAGGCAGAGACACAAGAGGGGCCAAUGGCUUCACCAGGGUCCUCCUGAGCUUUCUCCUACUCUCAGAGUGAGAAUGAAGGGGAGUGGGCUGAGGGGUGGGAAUGAUGUUUACAGUCAAUGCACUAUCUGGCCUCACAGCCCCUUGCCCCAUUAGGUCCAAUACUAGCUGGCUGGAUUUUGCAGCAAAUUGUAUUUUAUGCCUUCUUUCCUCUCCACUACUGAUUUCUCUUCUCUCCCUUUGAAUUCCAUGUGCUCAAGGCUCUGGGGCCCAGGCCUUGAGUGAGCCCCAAUAGCUACUCCCUCUUUUCCUAUAUCCUCUCUCCAGCUUUGCUGUUUCUCUGCUACCUAAUCUCAGUGACUGUGAAAGGACAUCGUGUCUGAGCCAUGGCUGGCCCCAGGCUGGCCCCUGACCCACCCCCUUUCUACUGUUGAGCCCUUGCAUCCCUGCUGAGUGACUGCCUGUAAAAUCUCCCAGCGCUGUUUGCUUUUCCAGUGGCAGGCUGUGAUGGGUUCCAAUGAGCUGCCAUUUCCCUGUGUAUGUGGAGACUGAUUGCACCUGGGCCAAUUCUGGCUGAGGCCAAACCUGUUUGGGCCUGGUUGACCGUCCCCAACUCACCCCUGGCCAUCCUCUUUCAAACAUUUGGUGCGAGCUAUCUGUGCUCAGGGGGUGCCAGUCCCCUCCUUCUGGUGUGCUUUUCUUGGGUCCUUUUCACUCAUUCCCUUGCCUCAUUCAUAAGAAAUGACCCCCAAAGCUUCCUUUUUCCUGCUUCUAGGGGCAUCUGUGGUUCAGGUUUCAACCCGUGGUUGACCCAUUGUUCCCCUGGGCCUAACCACCAGAAGGUGCCCUCUCCCCACAGGCUUACGCCAGCAAAUGGUUCACAGAAAAGAACCAUGAGUGGAGAAUCUAGUCCUAGCUACCCCUAACAUUUGAGCAAGGAAGGUGCUUCUCUAUCUGAGCCUCUGAAGCCUUAUCUGUUUUACAAAAGAGUUGGGGGUAGGGACUGGGGAGUUAUUAACUGGUGCAGAAUUUCUGUUUGAGGGGAUGAAAAAGUGGGGAUAAUGGAUAUUGGUGAUGGUAGCACAAUAUUGUGACGAUAAUUAAUACCGCUGAAUUGAACACUCGAAAGUGGUUCAAAUGGGAAAUUUUGAGCUGUGUAUGAUACAAAAAUAAAAAGUUAAAAGUGGGGAGAGGGGUUGGACUGCACCCCCUCUAAAGGCCCUGGUUCUGAUUUCACGUGUUUUUGUCGAAGCUAGCUAGCUGCAGUCAGAGCCCUGGAAGGAGGAGGGAAGUAGCACCUCCUAGCAUCUCUCACGGCUUUUUUUUCUUCUCCUCCUCUUUUUAAAAAUAAAACCAGACUCUGUUCUGAAAAUAAAAAACUUGAGACUUGU